GACAUCAUACACCCCAGCAACUAUCUACUUCGUGGCCUGCUGAAGCAAGCAUCGUCCCGUACAUGAUUUUCUUAUCAUAUUCGACCUGAGACCGUCACAUUGGCUUCCACAUCGCACCCGCUCCGGCGAAUUACGAGUUUGACGACUUCACGAUUCGCAUCUGCUUCGCCGUACUCCCCGCGCUACUACGCUCGAUACAAUCCUCCCCGUCCGCAUAAAACUUCUCAAACCCACCGAACCGCACUCGAUCCAGAAGUUGCUCAGGCACGUUCAAAGGUUGUCUCGGCGCUGAAUGACCCUUUAGCUGGUCACACCUCGACUCACAAAACUCCACUCGAUCCAGAAGUCGCUCAAGCACGACCAGCGGUUGUUUCAGCACUGAACGAGCUCCUUACGGGUCACAUACCGCCCCCGAAGCGGAACACACACGCACCCGCACCCGCACAGACUACACGUGAUGAGACUCUUGUAACCGAAUUCGAGCCCAAAUACCGAAGCUUCGACCCCGACGACACACCCACCGGUCGCUGGCGAAAGAGGCAUUCGCUAGGCGCGAGAACAAACGCCUCAGAUCAUGACAGACAGGAGUCAGAAAGCACAAGUGGCAGAAUCAAACUUGGAAGAGUCGUACCAGAAGCUGUCAUAGUCUUUCGCUCUCAUCAUAAAGAGAACUUGAAAGCGCCAACGCGAAUUGGACACUCGAUUCUUGCCAGAUCGGAUUGGGUCCGGGCCAACAGAAUGGGGAAAUCACAUGUACAGAUUCUCACUACGCCCACGGCUGAUACGCCAGGCACCACGCUGCUUCUGCACUUCGACAAUAAGCGCUACCUGAUUGGGAGCCUUGCGGAAGGAACACAGAGAGCAUGUGUACAGAUGGGCGCGAGGUUGAUCAAGGUCUCGGAAUGUUUCCUCACUGGAAGGACGGAGUGGACGAAUACUGGAGGCAUGAUUGGUAUGAUUUUGACCUUGGCAGACUCGUUGUCGUCGAGUGCUCAGUAUACGCUGGAGGAGUCGCUGAGGAAACUUCGAUCGAAGGCUGAACAGAUAAAAGCUGCGGAGGGCGAAGAUAAGUUGGCAGAGCUUGAGGCUGAAGCGCAGGCGAAGAAGGAUCUGGGAGGCUCAUUGACGAUUUUUGGCCCACCUAACCUUAAUCACACGCUUGCCACUGCCAGGCGAUUCGUGUUUCGGAAAGGUAUGCCGAUCAAUAUUCACGAGAUCCGGGACAAUGGUCUUCCGCAGCAGGAUGGGAAAGAGGCUGAGUGGCAGCCGUUCUGGGCAGAUGACAAUGUCAAGGUCUGGUCCAUGUCGAUAUCACCCAGCUCGGAGGCGAACAAAAGCCGGUCGUCGUCCAUCAGCCCUCUUAAGCGAAGCUUUGAUGAGAUGCGUGCAGGAGAAGAUGGAAACAUGGUGCAAAUUACUGGAGACCUGACACAAGAGGAUCGCGACUAUCUUACUGUCAAGGCAGUUGUGGGAGACAUGUUCAACUCGUCAUGGCGACUCGAUACACUCUAUGAAACUCCUCUUGCUCAAGUCAAACUUCCUGCGACAAUUUUCGUUCGUGAUCCCGAGACGAACAAGAUCAAGAAGUAUACUGGACCACUACCUGGAGACAAAGAGAACCCACUUCCGAAUCCCGAGUUGAAGGUCCUGGUUCGGAAGCCUUGGCCGGGUGCUCUCAUCAACAACUUGCCAGAUGUGAAGCCUGCCAAGCAAGCAAUCAGCUACAUCUUCCGCAACCACAUGCAGCGUGGCAAGUUUCAUCCUGAGCGUGCCAUUGCGAGAGGCGUCAAGCCUGGGCAUAACUUCAGUAAGCUCGCGCAGGGAGAAGAGGUUCAGAAUGAUAAAGGGGAGUGGGUGAAGCCGGAAGAGGUCAUGGAUCCGCCUCGAGUGGGUGGUGGUGUUGCUGUCAUUGAUCUGCCUGGUCCUGAGUAUAUCGACAAUCUCAUCGCACGACCAGAGUGGCGAGAGCAAAAAGUUAUGGAGGGUGUAGGAGCAGUGAUGUGGAUGUGCGGGAAGGAUGUGGCCAGCGAUGAGAGAUUACAUGCUUUCAUGAACGAGUUCUCGGAUCUGGAGCAUAUUGUGUCCUCCGCAGACUACUGCCCGAACCAUAUUGCAAUGGAAGGGGUCGCAGGUACUACAGCAAGGCUGAAAAGAGUCGACCCUGACCGGUACAGAGUGCCUGUUCAUGACGUGGAGGGCGAUGCUCCGCAGCAAUAUGGUGGUAAUGCUGAUUUUGCCGAAACAAGGAAGAUUCGACCACUCCCGGAGAAAGCACAUAUCGCCGUACGUGGGCAGAGGCUACAGCUGAUACCCUCGGUCGAGUUUAAGCCUGAGGAGGCCUUAACUCCUUUGAACGUUGAAGAGGCUGCCGCGGAGGUACCAGAAGAGGUGAUGCAAGAGGCCAGAAAAGCUCAGGAGGCUGCGAAGAACCCUGGCGCUGAUGCUCUGGAAUGGAUGAAGACGUUACCUUCGGGAGCAGACAAAGCGGAGGUCAUCACGCUUGGAACUGGGUCAGCGCUGCCAUCGAAGUACCGUAACGUGUCAUCAACACUUGUCCUAGUGCCUGGCUGGGGUAAUAUAAUGUUUGAUGCUGGAGAGAACACUCUGGGUCAACUGAAGCGCGUCUUUGAUGCCGCAGAACUGAAGCAAGUUCUGCGUGAUCUCCGACUGCUGGUAAUCAGUCAUAUGCACGCGGAUCAUCAACUUGGAACGACCAGCGUCAUCAAAGCAUGGUACCAAGAAAUGCACAACAGCAAACCUGGAGAGCGCGUAUCUCAAACCGAUAGCUGGGAAGACAUUCUUGCCCCUCGCGACCGGCUGGCAGUCAUUUCGGAGGCCGCUAUGCAGCAAUGGCUAUAUGAAUACAGUCAAUUGGAAGACUACGGCUACUCUCGCAUCGCACCUCUAUCCCUCAAGACUGGGGAUCCGCAAAAGCGUUGGCCCAGCAGAUUGUCCUGGUUCCUUCCGCCUGUUCAAUUGAGCAAUCUGAGCACAGCAGAUUAUCAGGAUAAACUCGAAGCUCACACCGUUCCUGCAGAAGCUUUGCAGUUGAGCGAGCUUGAGGCUGUUGCGGUGAAGCAUUGUCAUGGCGCGAGAGCUGUGAGUGUCACACUUCCAUCUGGUUUCAAGGUCUCGUACUCGGGCGAUUGUCGACCCAGCGAAGGUUUCGCUCGCAUCGGAAAGGGUAGCACGGUCUGCAUCCACGAAGCUACUUUCGACGACGAAUUGCAAGGUGACGCGGAAGCGAAGAAUCACAGCACAACUUCUGAAGCUCUGGAUAUCGCGCAGAAAAUGAACGCAAGAGCUUGCAUUUUGACGCAUUUCAGUCAACGAUACCAGAAAUUCCCAAUUCUGGAGCGAGUGGAAGCGAGUACAGCUGAUGGAGACGUGAUGGACACGAACACCGCUGCAGACGCCCUCGCGGACGAAGUAGUCAACGACCCCGAAGACGAAAUGGCUUCCGGACCUCUUGAAGACGCCGCAGCUACAUUUCCCGAUCAAACCACUGCCGAAGGCGACACAGGAAAACAAUACGACCUCCCUCGCGUUAGGAAGGUUCAUGGCGAUGAUGGCUCGCUUGUGGAUGAAAAACCUAAAGCUGUCAAGUUUAAGUUGCAGUCGGACAUGAAGGUUGCGGUUGCGUUUGAUUAUAUGCGGAUCAAGGUGGGGGAUGUUUGGCAGAUGGAGAACUUUACGCCGGCGUUUUUGAAGUUGUUGGAGGUGGAGGAGAAUAAGAAGGAGGAGGGUGGGGAUGGUGGUGGGGCGAAUGGUGGUGCUGAUGGUGGUGGGAAGGCGGGGAAAAAGAAGGCGAAGGGAAAUGGACAGCAGGGGAAUAAAGGGAAAGGAAAGGGCGAGAAGACGAGGAGGAAUUGAGUGGAUGAUCGCCAACUCUGCUUGUCGUAAAUCCCUGGUCGUAGAAGAUCCUGGAUCGAAAAAUUCUUCUCCAAAAUUGCCAUUCUUCUUGCAAGUCGCCUUGGGCUUUCAAUUGCGUCCUC